AUAUGUUGUUUGCUCAGCUACAAGUGUUGCAGAACACCGCGGUGUGGCAGCAGGCCCAGCGAGACUGCACUCCUCAAGGUCUCUGGAGGUGUGAUGCCGGGAAACUGUAAGCUAAGGGCGAAGGGGCCACUGAUGACAACUAGGCCCGUAAUUGGUCGGUAGCCAUGGAUGUCAGUGUGCAGGAGAAGCCUCGCCCGGGCCGCGGCCAGGCGAGCGAGGAGGGCGGCUGGGGGUGGAUGGUUGUUGCGGCCUGCUUCCUUGCAACCAUCUGCAUACGUGCGGUCACCAGAUGUGUUUCCAUGUUCUUCGUGGAGUUUCAGCUGCACUUUGAGCGAGAUUAUUCCACCACGGCCUGGAUCCACAGCCUCAUUGAUUGCACCACUAUGCUCUGUGCACCUCUGGGUGGUUUCCUUGGCAACCGCCUAUCAUGCAGAGCCACAGUGAUGCUGGGGGGUCUCUUGUCCUCGGUGGGUCUGGUCAUCAGCUGCUUCGCCUCCAGUCUGGAACAUCUCUACGUCUCGCUGGGCAUCCUCACAGGUUUGGGCUUUGCUCUGAGCUACACUCCAUCCAUCGCCAUGGUUGGCCGCUACUUCAGCAAGAGGAAAGCUUUGGCGUACGGCAUCGCCCAGUCUGGCAGCGGCAUUGGGACCUUCAUCCUGGCUCCGGUAGUUCAGCUGCUCAUCGAACGUUACUCGUGGAGGGGGGCCAUGCUGGUCCUGGGGGGCAUUGUUUCCAACUUGUGUGUGUGUGGAGCCUUGAUGAGGCCGGUGGUGGAGUCCAGCGAGAAGCAAAGGAUAUCAGAUGAAUCCAACAAGGAAAAAGAAGAAACCAAAGAAAUCCCAGCAAAGAUGCCAGAAAUCAGCAAGCUCGGCUACAGUGAAGGACUACUGAUUGCUAACGGAGCGCUGAGAAACUGCCAACUGGAGAGCAACAAGCUAGCCAAGGUUGACAAGCUAGCUCAGGCUAACAUGCUAGCCUUUAUGUCCAGCGGGCCCAAUGCCAGGAUAACGGAUCACAAGCUAGCAGAGUGCCUUUUACUUAGCAACACGCUAACGGCAGCCAUGCUCGAGGAGGUAGCCGAGACAAAGCUUGCUAGCGCUGUGGAGAGUCGUAACUUGUGCAACAAAAUGGCUGCCGCAAAGACGGAAGUCGUCCUUUCUGAACCGUUGGCGAAAACUAACGUCCCAAGAGAUCGUUGUUAUUGCCUCCAGCCAGGAGAGGACUUUGGCUUCCUAGUAGCUCCGGACUUCCUGGUUUUGUGCCUGUCCUUCUUGUUCCUGGCAUAUGGCUGCAGUACUCCUGUGGUCUACCUGGUCCCUUAUGCCCUUAGUAUAGGGGUAGAGCAAAGGCAGGCCGCCUUCAUUAUGUCCAUUUUUGGAAUCAGCGGCAUUGUGGGUAACAUUACCUUUGGUUGGAUCACAGACAGGAAGUGUCUGAAACGGUACCGUAUGCUAAGCUACAUGCUAGCGAUAGCAGUGGAGGGCCUGAGCUGCCUGUGGGUUCCACUCCUCGACUCCUUCGCCCCGCUGACCAUGUUCGCCGUGGUCUACGGUUACUUUGACGGUGCUUACGUGGCGCUCAUCCCUGUGGUCACUUCGGACGCCGUGGGCUCCGCUUACCUUACCUCAGCCCUCGGCAUGGUCUACUUCCUGCAUGCUGUGCCUUACCUCGUCAGCCCACCCAUAGGCGGUUGGUUGGUGGACAUGACUGAAAACUACACAGCGACGUUCUUUGUCAGUGGUGCUUCCUACAUUUGCAGCGCUGCCAUUCUAGCGGCGGCCAUAUUGGUCCGACGGGCCCGUCGGUCAGGACCAAAGGAGCUCUGCUCAAAAUUUGCCACCACCACCUCCACUGUGUGUCAUCAGAAUAUCAUCUAAGCACUCUGAUGUGUAUUUUUUUUUGUAAUAACCAAAUACCCGUAUUUCUUUUUUUACGACAACUCUGAUAUUUUUGUAUACACAACUGUGUUGUGUAUUGAUACCGUACUAUGCACGACUAAGAUAUAACAUAUAAAAAUAGAUGAUACUGGUAUUGAUCCUGAACUGUGAGAAAUAACGAUACCACACAUCAGUAUUAAUGUUACCGACAAAUAUAUAUAUAUAUACGAUAUAUGACAAAACAAACAAUAAUUGAUACCUGUUCGACUACUGCUACAACUAAGUUACAUAAAAUAUACAAUACUUGACGCUGGUGCUUUGAUACUUGGACUGUGAGCAAUAUUGAUACAAUUGAUCAAAAUAUCUAUUUGUUAUCAGUGUAACAAUACUGUGAGUGACAAGUAUUGAUAUUUGAUAGUGGUGUAUUGAUUAUUAUACUGUGAGUGAUAAGGAUUUGGUAUAUCAAAAGGAGGUGAUCCUGGUGUAUUGCUGCUAAGUAAUACGAAACAUGGCAUAUCGGUAUUUAGUAUCUGCGUAUUGAUACUGUACUGUAUUUUUGUUUCAAUUCAUUUAUGCAACUACUAUACAUGUAUGUACGUGAAGGAAUAAAUGAAUUCAUGGGACCAAACAUGAAAAUGAAUAAA